AUGUAGAAAUUCCGCGCCUACGUUCUGCAUCAAAAUGAUUCUCGCAGUUAGGUAAAGUUUGGUACUUGACGAUGGGUUCUUUCAGAACAAUACUCGGCGUUUUGCUUUGGUUUUUACAAAUCGCACAAGGGAGAGGGAGUAAUAUUCUGAUAUACACUUCAUAUGGCGCAGGAAGUCAUUUUAUGUGUGCAGCUCAUAUUGGAAACGAGCUAAAGCGGCGUGGCCACAACGUCACUGUCAUAAUUAGCAAUGCCUAUGAGAAUAGGUCAAAGGAAGAACAGUACAAAGACUUGCAAUUUGAGAUCUUCAAGCACAGUGUGCCGGUUGAAGAAGUGUGGAGGAGGCAUGAACUUAUUACAAAAGGGGUCUUCAAAGGAACUUGGCGUCAAGAGAGCUGGUAUAGGAUGAGUGAAGCUAUCAACGAGUAUAUUGGUGAUUGUGAGGAUUUGUUCAACGACAAGGAACUUCUGCAAAGACUUCGUCAAGCUCAGUUUGAUGUUGCAUUGGUUGAUCCUUAUUUUCCGUGCACGUUGCUUGUAGCUGAGUAUGCUGCCAAAAGACAUGUGUCGAUCAUGGCUACCUCGUUUUCACACCUUGCUAGAUACAAUGGGAACCCUUCAAACGCUGCCUACAUGCCAGAGAUGAGCCUUGGUUUCACAAAUCAGAUGACCUUGAUCCAAAGGGCUAUCAACUGUAUAAUGGUUUUAAUUAAUGAAUGGAUGAGAAGAAUGACCGAUGUCGUUUCAGCCAUCCAGGAUGCCCAUGGAAUCUGCCCGGGGCUUCGUCCCAGUGACCUCUAUCAAAGGUCACAACUGCUCCUUGCCAAUGUUGAUUUCGCCUUUGAGUUUCCGGUUCCAGUGAUGCCUAACCUGAUACCAGUUGGUGGCAUUAUGACGAGACCAGCAGGCAGUCUAACUCAGGACCUGGAAGAAUUCGUCCAGAGUUCAGGGGAUGAUGGAAUCAUCAUCUUCUCUCUCGGGACCUACGUGAUGCAUAUGGAAGAAGAGUUUAUUGUCAAAUUUGCAAAUGCCUUCGCCAGACUUCCGCAGAAGGUGCUCUGGCAGUUCCGUGGAACAGCGCCACCUCUCGUUGACAAGAUACCCAACAUAAAGACCAUGGAAUGGCUUCCUCAGAAUGACCUGCUCGGUCACAAUAAAACACGUGUUCUAAUGUACCAAGGAGGAAACAACGGUCUCUACGAAGCGCUUUAUCAUGCAGUUCCCGUCGUCGUCAUACCCUUGUUCGCUGACCAGUCCGACAUCGCAGCUAGGGUGACGACUCGAGGCAUGGGCCUCUCACUCGAUAUAGUGACCGUAACAUCGGAGAAGAUCGUAGACGCCCUCAAUGCCGUUAUACAUGAUAAGAAAUACAAAGAAACGGUUACAAAGCUGUCGGCGAUAUUCCAUGACCGACCGAUGACACCUCUUGAAACGGCAGUCCACUGGAUCGAACACGUCCUCAAGCACGGUGGCGGCUACAUGCGAUCACCGAUUCAUGACCUAACCUGGUAUCAAUAUUACCUUCUCGAUGUCGUCGCCGUUUUCCUUCUCGUUUUCAUCACAUCAAUUGUUUUUGUGGUGUAUUCAUGUAAACUUACUUUUGAGGGAUGCAAGCGAAUGUUUAUCGGUAGCAAAGCUAAAACUGAAUAAAGACACCUUUUGUCUGUUGGGGGCACUAGCAGUCUGCCCCCCGCCCCCCUGACGAGUCACAACCCAUGCAAAGGACUUAUCCCUGCCCCCCUCCCCCCUGACGUGCUUGAAAUCUUUUUUUUUUUGCUUGUCAAUUUUUUUGGCGGACGGUUCCCCCCGGUACACAUGCCCCCAAACAGUAGCGUAUAGGAUUUUCCACGGGGGGGAGGGGCCUGUGGAAAAUCCUGGGUACGCUACUGGUUGGGGGCAUGAGGACAUAAGUAAUGACGUCAGGGGUGAAAAGGGGUGGCACUUAUUCCCCAAAGAAAAUUUGACAUGAAAAAAAAAUCAAAGGAAUAGUGUCAGAACGACAUAUUUCUUGGAAAUGCUUUCAAAAAACAUUUUUUAAGAAUAUGUGCAUAACAUUAAUGAAACAUUAACUUUAUUAUGAUAUCAAGCAUAUGUUUUGAUGGCCAGACAAGAAAAAAAUAAAGACAUUUUUUUUAAAUGUUAUAAAAAUAAUAAUAAUAAUUAUACUCAACAUUUAUAACGCGCUUUUCCCACAUAGCCUAAAACGCUCACAAUUUAAGUUCAUUUAUUUAUACAAACAGAUAAUCAGAAUUACAUAUUAAAUGAAGGCAAUGUCCAAUGUCCAAUCAUGAUGUUAAAAUGACAUGAAAAAAACAUUAAGAAAACGAAAUAAUGAGUUUCUGACAUUUUUAUAAUGUUGCAUAAUUAAUGUAAAAAUAUAAUUUUUAGAAAGUUCUUAGGAUUUUUUGGCAACAAAAUCUAAUGUUAUAAAAAGUCAUGAAAAUAUGUUUUCAAAAUAUUUCAACAAAACGUUUUUGAAAAAUGUUUUUUUGAUGUUUUCUAAAACUUUUUCUAAAAUGUAUUAGAAACAUAAUAAUUUUGACGUUUUUGUGAUAUCAUUUUAACAUUUUGAGAGAAACGCAAUAUUUUAAUGACAUAUUUAAAAAUUUAUAUCUUUGAUGUAAAAACAAAAUUUUCAAAACGUUGUUAGAAUAUUAUGACAGUAAUAAUAAAUGUUCUUGAAAUUAUACGAAACGAUGAUUUUACAAUAUUUUAAAGAAACAUUUUUUGAAAAAGGUGUUUCAAUUUUUUCCAAUUUUUUUUAAAAAUGUAUAAAAACAUUUCCCUCUUUUACGCUUUUGUGAUGCAAUACAUGUAUUGACAUUUUUUGAGAAACACAAUAACAUUUUACCAACAUCUUUAAAAUGUGACACAUUGAAUGUUAAAAUAUCAUUCUAAAAACGUUGUUACAAUAUUCUAAAAUUAGCAUCAAACGUUCUUGAAAUGUUAUGAAACUACGUUUAUACAAUAUUUCAACUCAACGUUUUUGAGAAAUGUUUUCCUAAUAUGUUUCCAAACGUUACCGAAUGUAUUUUAGACAUAUUUUCCAAUGUUUUUAUGAUAUGAUUUUUACUUUUUUUCCAAAAAUUUAGUAAUAUUCUACUAACAUUUUCAGAAGGAUAUAUAUUUAAUGAAAAAUCGACAUUUUAAAAAAUGUGUUAGAAUAUGAUAAUAACGUCAACGAUUAUUGAAACGUAAAAAAAUAUAUAUUUGUUAUAAUAGUUCGACAAAACAUGUUGAUUUUUUUCUCAUAUUGGCCAAAAUAUUUCAGAAUGUGUCAGAAAAAUCCUUAUUUUAGUGUCUUGUAUUUUAUAAUACAAUUCUCUAACAUUUUAUAACUUUAGUAUUAUGUUUAUACAUGGGAUUUAAAAAUACAUUUUAAGGUUGUUAUAAUAUCAUACCAAUAACAUCAAGCGUUCUUGAAUUGGUAUGAAACUAUGUCUUUCGAUUAUAUAACAUCGUUCUUAUAAUGUCAUACAAUAUGUGAAAAAACAUUAAAAUGUGUUCGUAGUAUAUCACUAAAAUAACAUAAAAUUUUCUCGAAAUGUCAUGAUAAUAUUUUAAACUAUUUUAACAAAACAUUUUUUUAGAAAUGUUUUUAUAAUUUCUUUUAAAAAGUGUAUCAGAAACAUACAUAUUCUGAUUUCUUUUAUAUCAUUUAAACAUUUUUCUAGAAACAACUAUUUACUAACAUCUUUAUGUAUUGGGUGUGACAAUAACAUCAAACGUUCUCGAAUAAUUGUGAAAAUAUGUUAUUAAAAAAAUGAACAUAUAACAAAAGGUUUUGUAAGUUUUAUCCAAUGUAUUUAUCGUAAUAACAUCUCUAUAUUACGAUAAAUACAAAAGAUAAAAAUACAAUUUCAAAGGAUAGCUAGAACUUAAUGAUAAUAGCAUUAAAGUUGUAGAAAGGUUAUCAAAAUAUUUUUCCAAAUGUUUUUCCAAAAUAUUGAUGGAUUGAAUAGUUUACAAACAUCUUUACCCGAAUGCGAAUUUCAUUUCAGUGAAAUAAAAUGAAAGAUUAUGUUUUUAAGCCAUUGUCGUACAUUGAUUGUUCAAAGUCUGUUUAAGUGGAGUUAGUGGCAUACAUCCAUAGCUUCUUAAAUUGGGUGCUCCUUUUCAGUAGAACCAUUGGUUAUUUAUACAAUAUGACAUUUUUAACUUGUACUACUAGAAGAAAUUUAAAGACGACAAGAAUUACUUCAAGACAUAAAGGAGUGUCAUAUGAUGUUGGUAAUUUGAGACCAAUAUCUGUUCUACCUGCCUCGUCUAAAAUAUUAGAAAAAGCAAUCCACAAUCAACUUUAUGAAUACUUGAAUGAAAACGAAUUGGCAACAAAUUCCCAGUCAGGUUCCAGACCGUUGCAUUCAUGCCUAACUGAAAUUAAAGACUAUUUGUCUGAUAAAAUGGAUCAGGGGCGAAUGAUCGGAGGUAACUAAUUGUAUUAGUGAAAGUGUUAGAAAUAAAUCAGGCGUCCCACAGGGCUCCAGUUUGGGUCCAUUAAUAUUUUGUAUUUUUUUCAAUGAUGUAUGUAACUUGAAUUCGAAUGUUAAUUCCAAAUGCGUCUUCAUGCAGAUGAUACUGCUACUUUCUCUUAUGAUAUUUUAUCUAAGGAGGUUAAAGAAAAUUGCAAAGUGAUUUUGAUGUUACCUGUAACUGGCUCGACCAAAACGUGCAUUUGCAUAAAAAAGUCAUAGGAAAAGAUUGAAAUUGAUGCUUUAAUGAUAAAAUAUAGAAAUGAACCCAAAGAAAAUGUGAAAUAUAGUGAAAUACUUCAUGUA